AUGAACUAUUCAACACAGGGCGGAGCUCGAAUGCAAGCGCCUGACGGCUCGAGCCCCCCGAAGAUUCCGUAUCAUGAGUCUCGGAACGAAGAACUAGACGGCAAUAAAUUUCUCCCUCCAUAUCCCAGUGCAGCAGCAUUCGAUCAUAAUGAGACCGACAUCCUACUUGAGGACGAUUCCCGUAAGCUGCAUUUGUCAUCUAUAUUGACAGACGACCAACCUGCUGUGAUAUCAGAGACAGUCUCUGCUAAGGCGUUUCCCACCAGGCAUGAAAAAAAGUGUGCGGAAUGUCGCCGUCAACACCAGCAUUGUGAUAUUUCUUUGCAGGAAAAACUUUUGUCUGCAUCAGGUCAAUCUGGAACAGUGCGGUGUUCACGGUGUGUGCAACGGAACAUCAACUGCAUCCAAGCCACCAGCCCACAGUACAGAUUUUGUCCUCGUCCCACGCGCACCGGUCGGCGUAUUGAGCUGGGUCGGCAAUUGCACGGCUCUACCAUGUAUGCUGACGAUGCUGAUAAUCUCUUUGAAGAGGAGCAGCAAAUCUAUCGACAACGCUUUGAAUUGUCAUGGCCCAGGAUAUACCUGAGAUUAAUACACUGUUAUUUUAAUUAUGCAUACACAGUGGUGGCUGUGCCAGAAUAUGAGCGAUUCGCACAUGCAUUUAAUCGUUCAUUCGGCGAUCCUACUCUCAUGGCGAGGUACCUUAAUGGUCUAGAAGGUGAUGAAGCUACAUGCUCUUAUUUCAAACCCAAACGCGAGUAUUCACAGUGUAAAGAACCCAAUGCGCUAGUUGAAGCAUAUCCCGAAACGGUGGAGCUACUUCUGACUGUUAUGUGCGCUUGGGGCGCACACUACAUUAUGCUUCCAUUCGACCAGGUGAAUCCCGAGUGCUUCACUCACAUGGGGCACAAGUCCUUACGUCAAGCUGCUGAAAUGGAUUACCAACUAGGAUUUUCUCGAAAAUCACCUACCGAUCCGCCUCACAAUGUCAUGCCCGUCGAGGGGACAAAGCGUCGUCAUAAACGGCGCCAGGGGGUAGCUUGUGACACGUGCCGUCUUCGACGUGUUCGUUGUGAUCUGAUGGAGCAGCCACUAGGCACAAAGGCAUGUUCUCGCUGCCGUGUCAAGCGCAUUGUAUGCACGGAUCGCUAUAUCCAGUGGAAGCGUGAACGUGAUAUGCUAAAAAAUCCUAACGGGACAGCGGCUUCAGUGCCUGAAGUUCAGCUUCUUCCAAAGCGUGAGGAAUUCGACAUGACGGGAGAGUCCAUUGAGGAUCUUUUUCGAAUCUCACAGCCGAAUCUCUUUGACUUUGGGAAGUCACGCGAAUCGACGUGCAAUUAUUUUAUCAACCGCGCGCUGAUGCUUGUUCAUAAGUAUGAUCUUGUGAACAGACGCUGCAUUCAGAGCGCUGCGGCUCUGUUAAUUUUGAGUUCAUUACUAGAUUACAGACGUCCCGAUAUUUCGUUCGACGCUCAUCGGGUGGCUGUUCAGCACCUGAAAAACUUGUUCACAGGUGCAUUUUUCGACUUGAACUUGCUGAUGCGGUCGCAAACUGUGCCAGAAUUGAUCCGCCCGUUGUCGGCGAACCGCGUUUUAUUUUCUGCAUACCUGCGAGAUGCUAUAUUUCAUGCAUCUCAUCACCGGGAACCGCUGCUUUGUGCGGAAUGGUUUAAAGUGGGCUUCCUCGAUCCCGAUGGCUCAUUGCGCCCCCUGACUACUUGCGAAUUGGUUCACUUCGCGCAAAAACUGUCACCGGAAUCUUCUGUCGCAUUUUGUAUUCUUUUGGGGCAGCGCAUUGCAUCUGUGGGACACAGUAUCUACCGAGACGUGAUCCUUCAAUCAAAAAAUAUCAAGUUACCUCCCACUAUGGAGACCGUACAGCCCUUGUGUGAGGCGUGUCAACGAUUAUGGGACGAUCUCUAUGCAGUGGAGACAACCUUGCAUAUAUUGUACGCUAAAUGCGGCUCUCUUUUUACCGCUAUUCGACCUGUGAAUGUCUUAAUGUGGGCCUGGAACAUUUUUUCUAUGCAGUUUUUGCUCUAUCAGUCGGUGUCUCGUCGAAUUAAUGACUGGGCUAUCGCAUCCUAUUCUCUCAUAUCUUUGAAUGACGAUGCUGAAGGACAUGAAGAGUUGACAGACCGCAUCUACACACUCAUGCGCAAGGGUCAAAAGUACACUCUGAAUUUUUCCCGAGUCAUGGCUCUUUUUGUACAUCAACUCAUACCUACUGGUCUUGUUCAUCGUGGCACGGCGCUUAUCCGGAAUACAUUCCGCAUCGCUCAGGUUUUGUCUCGUACGCCGCCGAUGCUCGAAAAUGUCCACCAUGGGCUGGACCGUGAUUCGGCAUAUACGGGCAGCAGGCCUAUUUUGUUCCGCGAUUUAUUGAAUCCACAACCCGAGCCCCCCAAAAAAGAACCCAUUCAGACCGCCGAUCCACCCUCACUAGUAUACCCGGAUGAUGUGAGCGUUUUGCUCCAGCUUCCCUUCUCUCGCUCGAUGGGCCCUUUUACGCGCGAGGUGCGCGACAAGGAGAUCGACUACUGCAUCCAAGCACUCAGACGCGUCGGUUUUUCGUUCCCCAACGUGGACAUGGAAAUGAGCCGCAUCUUUGAUACGGUAAACGCUAUGCAGUAA